AUGUCUGGGCUGAGUAACAUCUCAUCUCCAGGCGAUGUGUUCAACGCAGACCUCGAAGGCCCCGACGCGCUGAGGCUCCUGGAGGCUCACCGCCCAGUCAAGCUUGGCGUAAUCCUGGUCUUGGGGGUCAUGGUCACGUUGGGAAACCUAGCUGUCGUAACUGUGAUAUCUUCUGCGGUACCCGGGUGGUCGCGAAACUCUCGGUACUUUUUAUUAUCGCUAACCGGGGCCGAUUCUGCUUUUGGACUCAUCGUUAUGCCUCUAAACCUCUGCGUGAGUCUCCUAAAGGACUACAGUGACGGACCCGACCCGUUCUGUCACAUUGUGGCGUUUUGCAACGCUACAACUUAUUCGACGUGCAUGUACACGCUUGCUAGCAUAAGCCUUGAAAGAUACAUUGCCGUGUUUUAUCCACUCCAGUACUCAACUAUACUGACAAGGAAACGGGUAGUGCUGCUGAUCGCGUUUGCCUGGAUUUUCCCUCCCGUCCUGCUUGUGCCCAUCUCCUGCCCUAAAGGUAUAAUUGAAGUCUACUUCUCCACAGCGUCGCUGGUCUGCAACCCGUCCUACUCCAGUAACGUCACCUACUCGCUGACCCUCACUGGGUUCAUUUUCUUCCCCUGCUCGGCCAUCAUGACGUUCUGUAACCUUAGACUGUGGUUCGCUGCAAAGAGACAGCGGCUGAAGUUGAGAAAGCGUAGUUGCGGUGGCAGUAACCGCUCCAAUGUAGCAUCGCGCGUGCUUGUGCCUGUAAUGACCAUCUACUAUGCUUGCUGGACUCCCUGCAUGGUCAUCAUGAUUUACAACGCGACGUCAGGCAGUGGUGUCCCGGAGUGGGUGGAGUUUGUCGCGGUGUGGCUGCCGACGUCCAACGGCUUUCUCAACUGUAUCUUUUACUUCUGGAUUAAUCAGAGCUUCAGGAGAAAGUUCCACCUGCUUGUUCAGAGGCUGUGUAUGGGCUUCUGCCCCAGGGUCGGGAGGCUCCUUGGCUGUGCCAUGCCGUUAGAAACCGCUGUGGGUCCUGGAUGGAAUAACAAGAACGCGCUGCACGAGCGAUCUUCAAGCGUGUCGUCCACGUGCACUCUUCUUACGAUCGCCGUCGAGACCUACAUCUGA